AAANCGUUACAGAAGCAAACUCAGAAAUUCAAACACUAAUUGACAGGAACUUACGGAAGGAAAAUGUUAUUGCGUCGUUUAAACGAGAAGAAUCGACAGAAUCCGCGUGGAACGGUCGAGAACAGUUGUAUGCGCCUUCCAAAACUAAUUUAACGGCGAAUUGUGCGAAAGCCAUGACAAACACCUCUGCCAUAUUAUCUAACACCAUAAAACCUAUAGUCGUACUUCAGAGUACGUCGAUAAUUAGCAAUAUCGCUUUAGGAAACGUGACGGCACAUACACUGCACAACAUGAAGGAAUUUCAGCAAAACACUGUCAAUACUGUGGUAAGACCUGUUUCACAAGCUACAACGAAUGCUAUGCUCAAAAUUGAAAAUUUUCAGGAUGAAGCCGCUGGCGUUGUAGAGGGGAUUUUGGAUUUUGGUAUGGCAGGUUUAAGAAAAGGUUUGCGAUUAACGGGUCUGCCGGAUAAUUUUUCCGAAUUGACUAACAAAAAUAAAAACGAACACAAAACCGAACAGACGAAAGACGAUGCCAAAAUGACCCAUAAAUUAACAAAAGCGCCGCGUUUAAAAUCAGUAGAAGAAAAGCUAAAACUUACCGGCAACGAAAGUGAUUUUGAAGAAUCCGUUUGGAUAAAUCCGUUAAAGGAAUCCCCAAAUUAUGAUGGAAAUAUUUUGUUGGAAAAAACGCCUGAAACUGAAAAUUGUAACAAGAUCAACAACAAACUUACUAUCAGACAAGAUAUUCCGCAAAUUGCAGAAGAUGUAUUACUUAUUAACGACAGUCCUGAGCCUGAGUACGAAGAGGCCGCAGAUUUUGCAACAACUAUUGCAAAGCUUCGGUCUUUGCUACAACAGAAAUCAUCCGAAUCUGGUAUAAGCACACCAUCGUUAAGUCCAAUGUUAUAUGACGAGUUUCAUAAACCGUCUGACGAGGGCGGUAAUGUUGGAGAGGUGAUUGCUAUUCAGAAUGAACAAGAUAUUGCAAGAGUCGAUGGGACUAUGCCCAGCUUGUAUAAAUUUUGUGCUCGUACAGCAACCGGUGUUUUCCAAAACACACUCAACACAAUCAAAACAGCUCUUCCUGGAACUGUCAAUGAAACAACCCAAGACAUACACAAUUCGGCUAUAGAUAAUUGGACGUUUGUAGAGGUCGAUUCAUUUAGUGAUGAUUUUCAAUCGAGAAUGGAAAAGCUGAUAUCCGAAAGACGAGCAUUUUGUACGAUCGAUACAGCUUACGAGGCAAUCAAUUCGUUGGACGUUGCGGAUCAACCAGGGACCACCUGGUCAGCAGCAGCUGGACUAGAGCUGCUUGACGAUGAACCUGAUGAAUUUACUUAUCACAUUCCUGUAACAAAAUCGUUUAUUGAUAUUAUUUGCGAAGUUCUCUUCGAUUCUAAUAAUUAUAUGACGCAAGAAACUACUGUUAGAAUAUUCCUAUUGUUGUUGGGAACAACUUGUGAGAAUUUUUUUAACUCUCAAUCGGAAACGUUACUUCACAGCAUUAACAAAUUUGUCGGAAAAUUACCCAACAAUUCCGAUGAUAGUGAAUUAACCAUUGAACUGGAUGAAAUGGUUCAAUGGUGCAUUGGAUGUAUGCCAAGUAAGUUAAAAAGGUAUCUUCCAAAACUAUUUGGCGAUAAAGCGUUACAAGCCGCUUUGAAACUGUUAUUGUCGUCAUUUCAAAGUCAAAAGAUAAAUCAACACCUUCUUAUUCAAAUUUUUGAUUUGUGCGCUUUAGAAUUAAUUUUGGCCAAUAACAAAUUUACUCCAGCAUAUUCCGCUUAAGUUUUUUAUGGUUAAUUUAAGCUAGACAUAAUAAUGUGUAUUUACCAAAGAUUUGCUUUAUUCUAUUAAUUAUUUGUUGAGUUUAUUAUUUUGGUUUGUUUUCGUUUGAGUAAUGUACCAUAUUUGAGAC